CUCGCCCCACUGGAUUUGCAUGUGAAUGGGGACCCUGGGCGCUGCUCCACCACCCCGUUUAAAGUUUGUUUCCGCGGUGGCGUGCGGGGCUCCGGUUUUCCAGUCUAUGCAAGAAAUGUGAAGCUCCGUCCGGGUGCGUGUCCCCCGGCUCCUGGUGGUGUCAAUCCGGAGCUGGCCUCCGUCCGGUGGGCUGCCCGGCGAGCGGUGGGCGCUGGGUCUGGCUUCUCCUCUCCCUGCCUUUGCCGGGCUGGCGGUCCCUCCCUCCGUUCCUACAUGCGCUGGAAUGAUGAUUGCCAACACCCGCGGCUUCCUGUGGUCCGACCUGGAGACCCAAGCCCUCCUGGGUAUCUGGGGCGAAGCGGACGUGCAGUCCGCACUGGACGGGAACUUUCGGAACAGCCAUGUGUACCGGGACGUGGCCUGCCGGCUGGCCCAGGUGGGCUUCGACCGGACCCCGGAGCAGUGCCGCAUCCGCAUCAAGGGCUUGAAGCGCCAGUACUACCAGGCGAAGGACGGGCUGCCCAAGGGCGGGCCUGCGCGCAAGGCCUGCAAGUUCUUCGACGAGAUGGACAGCAUCCUGGGCGCCCGCGCUGCCGCCGGUGGCCCCGCGCCCCCUCGGGCAGGCCCCGCUCCGGAAGAGGAGACGAGCCGGGAGCAGGCAGCGGAGAAGGCCUUGACCGGCGAGGGUUCUUCCUUCACCGGGCAUCCAGUCAAGGUGGAGUGUGCCCCCUUCGCCAUCCCGGUGCCGCCUGGCCACGGCUUUAAGCAUAUCGGUGCUCAGACCAGCACACCUCAUCUCUCUCAACCAAAAAGACCCAAAAAGCGCCACACCAGUAUACCUCUGGACAAGAUGAUGGGGAAGCUUUUACAGCAAAGUGUGGAUGCGGAAGAGAAGUUCUUCCGGUACGAAGAGCAGAGGCUGAAAAUGGAGGACAAGCACCGAGAGACGGAGCGAGCCCGAGAGCUGCAGAUGCUGCAGAUGUUGGGGCAAGUGUUGGCUGGGAUUUCCUCCGCUGUCUCCCAGAGGGCGCAGCCCAGGCCUGCCAGCCCACCACAGCAGCGGACACACCACCGGGCGUACGGAGAUGACAUUACUUUUAAUGCUAUGACCGCAGCUCUUUCUCCUCCCCUAGUUUUAGAGAGAGCAUUUUCCCUCCAUAAAGGGCAUUCCGUAAAGGAUAUGGAAACUACUUUUCAGCUGGUGCGAAAUAUUAUACCUCCUCUAACUACCAAAAAGCACAAAGGACAAGAUGGAAGAAUAGGCAUAAUUGGAGGCUGUCAAGAGUACACUGGAGCCCCAUAUUUUGCAGCAAUCUCAGCUCUCAAAGUGGGCGCAGAUUUGACCCACGUGUUCUGUACCAAGGAGGCCGCACCUGUGAUUAAGUCUUACAGCCCGGAGCUGAUCGUUCACCCCGUUCUAGACAGCGCCACUGCUGUGCGAGACGUGGAGACGUGGCUGCCCCGGCUGCACACCCUGGUCGUGGGGCCCGGCUUGGGCCGAGACGAUGCUCUUCUACAGAAUGUCAAGGGCAUUUUGGAAAAAUCGAAGGCCAAGGGUGUCCCCCUCGUCGUGGAUGCGGACGGCUUGUGGCUGAUCGCACAGCAGCCGAGCCUCAUCCAAGGCUACCCGAAGGCCGUUCUGACCCCCAACUACAUGGAGUUCAGCAGGCUCUAUGAAGCUGUGCUUAGAGAUCCCGUAGACAGCAACGAUCAUCACGGAGCCGUGCUGCGUCUCAGCCAAGCCCUGGGGAACCUGACCAUUGUUCAGAAAGGAGAGCGAGAUGUGAUCUCAGACGGCGAGCAGGUGCUCGUGUGCAGUCAAGAAGGCAGCAGCCGCAGGUGUGGCGGGCAAGGCGACCUUCUCUCAGGCUCCCUGGGCGUCCUGGUGCACUGGGCGCUGCUGGCCGGCUCGGAGAAAACAAACGGUUUGAACCCGCUUCUGGUGGCUGCAUUUGGCGCCUGUGCCCUCACCAGGCAGUGCAACAAGCAGGCCUUUCAGAAGUCCGGCCGCUCCACCACCACCACGGACAUGAUCGCAGAGGUGGGGCCGGCCUUCAAGAAACUCUUUGAAACCUGAGCAAGCUGCCAACAGAAGGGGGGG